AUGGCUCUAUCUUUGCUGCUUGAAAACGGUCAUGUGCUACAGAAGGCUCAAGAAGAGUUAAGCAUACACAUUGGCAAGGAAAGAUGUGUGAGCGAAGAUGAUAUCGAAAACCUGACUUAUCUCCAAGUCAUUGUCAAAGAAACAUUCCGCGAAAAUUCGCCUUCCAACAUAGUUGAUCUCAUUACCUCAGCAGAAGACUGCAUAAUAUCAACAGGUCAUUUCAUUCCGGCAGAUACACUAUUGAUGAUAAAUGCCUGGAAAAUUCACCACGAUGAGCGAUUAUGGCCUGAUCUUAACAAAUUUCAGCCAGAGGUUUUUGACUGGAAAUAA